AACACAAUAUCUUGUAUGCAUCAAAUAAUAUAUAGAACUUAACUGCAAAAGCAACAAACCAAUUUCUUUUUUCUCUAACACUCAACACAACCUUCCCACACUUCCCACACUUCCCCACUCAACAAGCACACACAAAGAUGGCCAACAAGAGAUUUAGAAAUCUUGGCAGAAUGCUUAUACACUUCAAUGGCAAUGGACUUCCUCCUCUUUUUCUCUCCACUAAUUAUAUUAUCCUUCAUCAUCCUUAUCAUCAUCUCCACCUUCAAAAUCAAUGGAAAAAUUAAUACUAAGUCCAUGAAACUCCCUCCAGGGACCAUGGGCUUACCUUUCAUUGGCCACACCAUUCCCUUCAUGCAACCUCAUUCCUCCUCUUCCCUUGGUCUCUUCAUCAAUCAAAACAUUACCAAGCAUGGAAGGAUAUUCAAGAUGAGUUUACUAGGAAAGCCGACGAUAGUAUCGGCCGACGGAGACUUUAAUCGGUAUAUACUUCAAAGUGAAGGUAGGAUGUUCAAGAACAGCUGCCCGACAAGCAUUGCUGAGAUAUUGGGAAGGUGGUCAAUGCUAGCACUGGAAGGAGAAAUACACAAAGAAAUGAGGUCCAUUGCUGUUAACUUCAUGAGUAAUGCUAAGUUGAGGACCUAUUUUUUGCCUGAUAUUGAGCAGCAGGCUUUGAAGAUAUUGAACUCUUGGAAGGUUGGCUCUACCUUCUCCGCUCAUGUUGAGGGGAAGAAGUUUGCAUUCAAUUUGAUGGUGAAACAUUUGAUGAGCAUGAAUCCUGGGUUGCCGGAAACUGAGAAGUUGAGGAAGGAAUACAACACUUUCAUGAAGGGCAUGGCUUCCAUGCCUUUGAAUUUGCCAUUUACUUCUUAUAAAAAAGCACUUCAGUCAAGAUCUGUAAUUCUCAAUAUCAUGGGGAGAUGUUUCGAUGAGAGAGUCGAAAAAAUACGAGAAGCUUGCAAUGGACUAGAAAAAGAUGAUCUUCUUGCAUCACUGUCAGCAGAAACCAACCUCACAAGAGAUCAAAUACUUGAUCUUAUACUUGGCAUGCUUUUCGCCGGACAUGAAACUUCAUCGGCCGCCAUUUGCCUCGCAAUUUAUUUCCUUGAGUCUUCUCCGAAAGCUCUUCAACAACUAAGAGAAGAACAUGAAUAUAUUAACAGGAUGAAGAGUGAGUCUGGGCUAACUUGGGAUGACUACAAACAGAUGGAGUUCACUCAAUGUGUGAUCAAUGAAACUCUGAGACUUGGUAACAUUGUCAAGUUCUUGCAUAGAAAAGCCAUAAAGGAUGUUCAAUACAAAGGUUAUGACAUUCCAUGUGGAUGGGAAGUUGUACCGAUAAUCUCUGCGGCGCACUUGGAUUCAAACAUAUAUGAUGAUCCACAGACUUAUAAUCCAUGGAGAUGGCAGAACACAUCAACGGGGAAGUCGAAGAACAAAAGCAUAAUGUCGUUUAGCGGAGGUCCGCGUAUGUGCCCCGGUGCCGAGCUUUCAAAGAUGGAAAUGGCUGUUUUUCUGCACCAUCUUGUGCUGAAAUUUAACUGGGAGUUAGUAGAGCAUGACUAUCCAGUGUCAUUCCCUUUCCUUGGAUUCCCUAAGAACCUCCCAAUCAAAGUUCAUGAAUUAAAACAGAACUAGACUCUGAGACUACUGCAUGUCUUGUUCUUCAGUUAUGCAUAUGUUCUAGGCUUGAUAAAUUCAUUAGAAAACAUUAUGUUAAACAAAUUAUAGUAUGAAUGGUAAUUAAUGUGGUGUUAUGUAUGCAUAUAUUAUUCUGCUGCAUUGCUGAUUAUAUACAUCAUAUUUUUGUUUACUGAUGGCAUGCAUGAGCUUAUUUUCAGGCAUGAAAUGAGAUUUCGGAAAACUUCA